CAGUGGUUCAAGCUUAGGCCUAGUGUAGGGUCUUGACUCUGGCCAUGGCAAUGAGCGGACGAGAGGAGACGAUGGAAAAGGAGGCCUGGAGCCCCCAGUGCGAUCCUUUCCACUUGAAAUUCCGGUGUUGGGAUGGUGUCUGAAUGUUGCUAGCAAAUCGGGAUUGCCCAGCAAUGAAGGGUCACUGUAAAAUAGAGUUGAGAAUGCGCUUUGACAGUUUCACAUCCGAGUUAUCGAUCAGAAAAUUUUGCUCGAGCUCCAAGAUCCCGAAUUGAAGUGAAUCGCUCGUUGAGACGGAAAAUGUCUUGAAUCCGUCAUUAGUGAAUGAAGCCCGUUAGAAGAGUAAAAUAUGACGAGUCUCUGCGAAAGGCCCAAAAGUAGAGGUUCUCUGAGACCCCGGGCUUCCCAUUCCCCCGACAAUUGUUCCACGGCAUCCUCUAACAUGUGUCCCUUCAAGAUUGCUGAGGAGGCAUCAUCACCCUCUUCCAAUCCGUCAAUUUCACCCACAUCGUCCAUUUCGUCGUUUGUGUCGGGAUCCAGCGAUUCAGGGAUCAGUCGGGAUGACAAUGGCGAGGAGCACUUCUUCGAAGGCGUGGAGAAACUCUUGGAGGUGUGGUUCACCAACAAGAGCGGUGAAAUUGACGAGACCAAUGAUCUCAGGUACAUCCCAAGGAAAGAGUUAGACAGCAUGCUCGAUCUGGUGAAGUGCACCAUCAUUUCCUCCACGAAGAAUGCUCAAUUGGACUCGUACGUGUUGAGCGAAAGCUCCAUGUUCAUCAGUCAACGGCGAUUCAUUUUGAAAACAUGUGGCACGACCACGCCGUUGCAAUGUUUUGACGAACUCAAUCGAAUCGUCAAGACCUAUUCGGGAUUUGAUACCAUUGAGGACAUUUUCUAUUCGCGCAAAAACUUUGAGCGCCCGGACUUGCAAAUGAUGCCUCAUUGCUCUUUUGAGCAAGAAGUGGCUCUCUUGGAUGAGAUCUUUGCUGAUGGAGCAGCCUAUUGCAUGGGCACUAUGAAUCGAGAUUGCUGGUACUUGUAUACCUUGAACCCGUUGGAUCGUUAUGUGACCGGGAACAUUGACGUGGAACCGGAUCAGACGAUCGAAAUCCUCAUGACUGACUUGGACCCGGAGGUGAUGAAGAAGUUCACGAAAGAGGUGGCCAAUGAUGGAAGAGAAGCUACCAAGCUCUCUGGAAUUGAUAAGCUUGUGCCUGGGAUGAAAAUUGACGAUUUUCUAUUUGAUCCUUGUGGUUAUUCUAUGAAUGGGAUCCUUAAGAACGAAUCUAAGGAUUAUGGUUUGGGCGAGUACAUGACGAUCCACAUUACACCGGAAUCUGAGUUCUCUUACGUGAGCUUUGAGAGCAAUAUUCCGCUCACGUCUUACCUGGACAUGAUUCAAAGAGUUCUGGAUACUUUUCAGCCUGGAAAGUUUAUCCUGACCAUUUUUGCCAAUAGGACGUCAAUGGCGGCCGAAAGCCACAAGGAACUGCAAGCCCGCCAGGACUUUGGCGAUUGGCUCCGUAAGGACAUCCAAUACACGUCGUUCCAGAAUUAUGAACUGACCUAUGCUCACUUUGUGCGAUUCCCUUCCUGAGAUCUUUCGCCACCUGGGUCAAGCCCUGGGAGAAGUAGACGUAACUGCAACCCAAGUAGUCACUGUAGUCAUCCAAUCAUGAGCCCCUUCCAAAAUUUAAUUCCCCGUACUCCCUCCCACUUACGACCCCCUUUCCAAUUCGACGCCCACCCACCCCACCCUUUCAAGCUUAAAUUCCAAUCCGUGCCCUCUCGAAUGACGCCCAAUUUCGAGCGAUCUUGCCGAGAACGGGCCAAGAUCAAUUUUCGCCAUUUGACGUGCGAGAUCAAGUACUUUCUGAUCUCGGCCCAAUGGCGGUCUAAAAUCUCCUGAGUAGUCUUAUUUGUAGUGUUUGUGAUCUAAAUUGCAUUUGGAAACGAUUUCUUUCGCUCGCCUUAUUUUGGCAGUGAAGCGAGGAGCCGUCCAAUUCACCUCUCCGACCGACGCACGAAUUGCCAGGCCGUUCAAAAAUCCAUUCCCAUUGGAAGAAUGACUCGAGGCAUCCCCAAGAUUUUUUCCCAACCGGAAUCCAAUUGCUUGCCUAACAGCGGGAUAAAAUAAGUGGUCAUAUCCAUCCACAUGACAAAGCAAAACAUCAUUGAAGUGGCCCAGAACCAUUCCCCAUAGCCUCUUAUCAAUUGUCAACACAACUCUAGUUUGCUUGAAAGAAAUCAGCAGAACUGGUUCUUUUUUCUGCUUGAAAUAUAAAAAUACACAUUCAA